AUGGCUGCAAAGGGUGGCUGCGGGACCAGCGCCCUGAGCCACGACCUGCACGCGCUGGGCUACACGGACGUCACCAGCAUCGACUUCUCGCCCGUGUGCAUCGCGGCCAUGCGGGCUCGCCACGCGCGCUGCGCCGGCCUGCGCUGGGCCGUCAUGGACAUGCGCGCCCUGCGCUUCCCCGACGCCUCCUUCGACGUGGUGCUCGAGAAGGGCGCCCUGGACUCGCUGCUCACCGAGGAGAGGGACCCGUGGCGCGUGUCGGCGCAGGGCGCCGCGGCGCUGCGCCAGGUGCUCACCGAGGUGAGCCGCGUGCUGCGCCCGGGCGGCCGCUUCGUGUCCAUCAGCUUCGCGCAGCCGCACUUCCGCAAGCCGCACUACGCGCAGGACGCCUUCGGCUGGUCGCUGCGGCACGCGCCCUACGGCGACGCCUUCCACUACUUCGUGUACGUGAUGCGCAAGGGCGAGCGCCUGGCCUCGCCCGACCGGGCGCUGGGGCGCAGGCUGCACCAGCCCCCGCCGGCCCCCGACGCGCCCCGGCUGCUGCUGGACCCCGACGACGAGGAUUUCCUCCUCGCCAUCGAGCUGUGAGGCCGCGCUGCACCGGGCCGGGCCGUGCCGUGCCAUGCUGCACCGGGCCGUGCCAUGCAGCACCGUGCUGCAC